AUGCAACAUUCGCGAGCACACCCGCAUCCCUUCCCUCCCUUCCUUUUCUCCAACAAAAGACAUAAAUACAUUAUGGCGGCAUGCCCAAAGAUUAGAUUAGUCAUGUAUGCUCAAGCUCGAACGAGAGAGUUGGGCAGCCAAGACUCUUUCAUCUUCGAGCGAAAUAAUGGCUAUAGGAAAAGGUGGUGGCGGUGGUGGUUUCCAGCUGUGGAGCUGAUCCGUGUCUGGGCCAACAAAAACAGCAGCGCAGAGCAGCAGAGCAAAAAAAACGCAUCGCCAAAAACAACUCGCUGGGUCCGUCUCCAAGUAAGUCCAAAUCUCAGACGUGGUCGUGAACAAAUACGGUCGUGACGGCGUGAUCUUCUUCUUCUUCUUCUAUCGAUAGAACAAACAAGCAAUGCUUCAUGUAGCUCUCUCAUAUCCGGGGCGGACUAGGCUUCCCUUCCAGCUUCGAGAAAAGUUGUUCUGGAGGUAGUCUGUUCACGUUGGCGCUUCUGUCGCCAGAAAUCGGAACAUAGCCUUCUAUUCUUCGCCUUCUCCGCUCCAGCAGGAUGCCAAUGAGGACAAUAAUGCCGAUCAGCCCUAGUGCUAUCGCGAGGCCAAUCGCGACGAUAGCUCCGACGCCCAAAUGAUGAUGAUCUUUGUCCAUGAAAGCUUGUGGGUUGCUCACGAAGAUCGCCGACAGACUGCCUUGGCUUCCGUCUUCCGUGUUGGUGAGAAUGUAUGGCUCGUAGCUUGUGCCAUUGAACAGUACUGCACUGGCAUUGCCUUGAUCUGGGAUGUUGAUAUUGCCGAGAAUCAUCAGAGACUGAUCGUUGGACAUCAAGUGGCUGUCAGCAUGCUUUGAGGUAAGUGGCAUGAUUUGAAGCUUGCGGAUCGUUGUGGCAGCUCC